AUGCUUCAAAACUGUUGGUUACUUGCAGAUUUCGAUGGCACAAUUGUAGCGACGCCCCAUAAGGCACGUGGAGAGUAUCUUACACUUAGUGAAAGUCCGUGCAUAAUUCCAGUAAAGCGAUGGCUCGCUAACGGCGGGAAUUUGUGCGUUAUCACUACAGCGAACAAACGUGUUGUCCAGCAGCUGUACGUCCCACUGCGUGAAAUCCUUAGAGACAAGUACUGUGUGAAUUCAAGUGAUAGCUGCGGUGAAAGUGUUGAGAGUGACGGCGAGAGCCCUAGUAAUACUGGAAAUGGUUCUGUUAGCGGUCAAAAUGAUGGCAAAAGUAUUGCAACAAACCGCUACUGUGGGCAGCUGCUCCUUUCACUAAAUACGGGUGCAGUUUUAUAUCGUUGCAGUCGGCAGGGUAUCUCCUUUGUCCCUGGAUACACUGAGGCUUUGCAUCGCGCAACAGAGGAUUCAAGGAGACUUGCAAAGGUGUACGGCGUCAAGUUAGACCAGGGUACCACGACACGUGUGGACUCGAAAGGAGAAAAGCACGUGACGAACAUAGAAUAUGUGCGAGGAACCUGCUUUGCCCAGGGGUGUAGUGCAUUGAUCGCGCGCUUGGAGAAAACGUACCUGGAACUUGUGGAAGAUUUGAUUCGUGGUGAGAAAAAGGGGGUUCAUUCCGCCUUUUUGGGACUGUCGUCUCGGUACCAAAACGUGUGGCGUCUCGUGUUCGAUUACAUUGACAGGCGGUACCGGUUACAGCAAAAAGGUCGUGCUGACUCGGGUGCGAGGGUUCAGUCUCGAGCGGGAAGGAACCAUGUUGGGAAGGCGGCAACUACUGCUGAGGCGGAGUGGAAGUGCAGUUUCGUGCGAAAGCACAAGCAAAUGUUUGUAAUGUUUGGUUUUAUUCACGUUGAGGUUGCGGACGCAGAGAUAGCGCCACUAGCUGAAACACUGUCAGUGGUAGGUGGAGCCAAGGCAUCUGAUAUAGAAAAAGUAAAGCGCCGUCAGUUAAGGGAAUACGCAAAGCAAAUGUUUAACGAUGACUCAGAUGCGGCGUGCAUUGUUGUGCGGAAAGUCAUGGAUUUACUGGGUGCUACCAUACCGAAGACGUUUUCGAGUGGUAGAAAUGCUGUGGCGGCAUUCGCUAAUCGUAUGUAUAAUGCACUGUUUUGUCAGCAAUCGAAAGAGAGUAUCACUCAAGUGCUUGCCCUCGGGGUUCCGAUGAAAAUAUUUCCUCUUUACUUCGAACCGAUGCAGCGUUACUUUGCUGCUGUAGGCGUAACAGCCAUCCCACAACCAAACAGCGUCGCUUUUGGGAAGCUAGGAAUUUGUAAGUCCACCACCGUCCGCUACCUUACAGAUGAAUCAGAACAACAACAAAAUAUGCAAGCGGGCUUGUGUGGCGUUGUGGAUCUCACGCAGGCCAUAGCACUGGGUGAUAACCCGCACACGGCAGACUAUGAGCUGACGGUUCAUCCUGGACUUCGGUUCAUCUCACUUGAAAAGGCAAAACAGCGGAGGGACCGACACACAUAUAUUGAUGCACGCUGCACUCGUGCAGAUAGCAACCAUGAAGCACCCGAGUGUCAUGUUGUUAACACAAACGGCGACGAGAAUGAACCUCAGCCGCGUGGGAUGUUGAUGGAUGAUCGUCGUGUCAAAAACAUUUAUUACGUGGGUGGUGAGGAAGAUGGCACUGCUGUAUUCCUCGAUCGCUUAAUGGAUAUCUUGGGUGUACCACCCGGUUUUCCCAAUCGUGACGACUCCCAACAGAAGCUGAAACCCCUGGAGCGCUCAACUUUUGCUGAGGCGGUGCCGUUAGCUGCAACUCAGGCAGCUGCGGUCAUGAACCCGAGUAUGGCUCACUUAUAG